CCCAUUCAAAAUGGCUUCCAGAGCAGAGCCGGUUUGUCAGAUAUUCUCGUUCCAGGACUGUAAAACUUCUCCGGACCCGGUUUACGAGCUCCCGGCCCGGUGUGUGAGCCCCUCCCCGGUCCCGCUGGUGGUGGAUAACGGCUCCUUCCAGACCCGGGCGGGCUGGGCCUGCCGGGCGGCGGAGCUCGGCUCCCCGCGGUUGCUCUUCAAGUCCGUGGCGGCGCGGAGCCGCGGGGCGGCCCGCAGCGAGACGCAGAUCGGGAACGACAUCUCCAACCUGGAGCCGCUGCGGUGGCUCCUCAAGAGCCAGUUCGACAGAAACGUGGUGGUCAACUUCGAGAUCCAGGAGCUCAUCUUCGACUAUGUGUUCACACACCUGGGCAUCACGACAGAGGGCAGCGUGGAUCACCCCAUCGUGCUGACGGAGGCUCCCUGCAACCCGCUGCACUGUCGGCAGAUGAUGUCAGAGUUGCUGUUCGAGUGCUACCGCGUCCCGCACGUCUCCUACGGCGUGGACGGCCUGUACAGUUUCUACCACAACAACGCUCAAAGAAACGUGACGCGGCCACACACCGGCAUCGUGCUCUCCUCGGGAUACCACUGCUCCCACAUUCUGCCGGUCAUCAACGGCAGGUUGGAUGCUGUGAACUGCAAGCGUGUGAACGUGGGCGGGAGCCAGGCGGCGUCCUACCUGCAGCGUCUCCUCCAGCUGAAGUACCCGGGCCACCUCGCCGCCAUCACUCUCAGCCGCAUGGAGGAGCUGCUGCACGAACACAGCUACACUGCUACUGAUUACCAUGAAGAGCUGGAGAAGUGGCGCAGCCCGGAGUUUUAUGAGCGGGAGGUUCACCGCAUGCAGCUUCCCUUCUCGGCCAAGGUGCUGGGCGGCUGCGUGAGCGUGGAGGAGCGGCAGGAGAGACGGGCCCAGCAGCUCCGGCGGCUGCAGGAGAUCAACGCCCGCCGGCGGGAGGAGAAACUGCAGCAGGACCAAGAGAGGCUGGAUAAACUGCUGGCUGUGCAGGAGCUGCUGGAGGACGGCCUGCUGGAUCAGUUUCAUAAGAACCUGGUGGAGUUGAACAUGGACUCGGCCGAGGAGCUGCAGUCCUACAUCAACAAACUGCAGCUGGCAGUGGAGCAGGGCCGACAGAAGCUGCUGCACAUCGACGGAGUGGAGGGAAAGACCGAGGUGUCUGAGCUGGAGCAGCCGAUGGACGAAGGAGAUGGCGUGGCGCUGAUGGAUGCUGACUUCCCCGAGGACACUCUGCCAGACAAACCGGCUAAUGUGGUUCAGCCGGUGUUCAACAUGGCCGAGUACCACCAGCUGUUUGUGGGGACGGAGCGUCUGCGCUGUCCAGAGAUCCUGUUCCAGCCCUCCCUGACCGGAGAGGACCAGAUGGGACUGAUGGAGACGCUGCAGUACGUCCUGGCCAGGUACACUCCAGAGCAGCAGGAGGCGCUGGUCAGCAACGUGUUCCUGACAGGAGGCAACAUGCAGUACCCGGGGAUGAAGGAGAGGGUGGAGCGAGAGCUGCUGGCCAUGAGGCCCUUCCAGUCGCACUUCCAGGUGUCCAUGGCGUCACGGCCGGCCCUCGAUGCCUGGUACGGGGCCAGAGACUGGGCCUUGCAGCAUCUUCCUGCAGGAGGAGGAGGAGGGACGGAGGGCUGGAUCAGCAGGCAGGACUACGAGGAGAAAGGAGGAGAGUACCUGAGUGAGCACUGUGCCUCUAAUGUCUUCAUCCCUAUGAAGAUCGCCAAGCCCACUCCCUCCCGUCCCUCAGAACCCGCCGUCACCUCAUCAACACCGACAGGAGUUUCUGCCGCCGCCGUCACAUCCAUUCUGUCCUCGUCGGGUCCUGCUGCUGCAGCUGACGUUCCUGUGGUUACAUGCUAGCGGGUGGCCUCAUCGGAGAACUGCUGCAUUAAAUAUUCAAAAUAUUCAGGAAAAAUCCUCAGAUGUUCUUACGCUGUUGGAGACCAUUAAUCUGUGAUGCUCUGUGUGUCCCAGGACUCAUAACGAAGUGGAAAGGUAAUUUACAUGUAAAGUGCCUAGUCUGCCUCUGUGUCAGACUGAUUUCCUACAUUUCCCAGAAUGACUGAACAACCCUCAGCUGGCAUGUGUGAGUUUGUUGUUUUCGGUCAAAAGUGGAUGUAUUUGUAUAUAAAUGACUUCACGGUGCGAUCGCUCAGCUGUGGAUCGUACAUGUCUUUGAUUUCCGCUGCGCCGCCCCGACUCAACACACACGUCCUGUGGCUGCUUUGCAUUCUGGUCUAUUGAAGCUACUGUUGGUGGAGACUGUUGGUCUCUCUGCCUCUUCUGUGACUGAUUUCUCCCUGGAUGAUUAUUGAAUGUUGGUUGAAAAUGCUGUAGGAAGAAGCCUUGGUUCUUUUAUUCAGAGGGAACAAUACACACACACAAUUCUUUUUUUUUUUCACAUUUAUGAUUUAGACACUAUCAAAACAUUUUCUCCUGUUGCACAAAAUACACCACCAAACAACAAAAUGGGCCCACAAGCAUAAGGAUCAUUGCCAUUAUUUUUUUCCUUAAAUUAUACAAACAAAAUGAGAGUUCAGUAAUGUUUAUUCGAAUGGGAAACGCUCGUCCUGUUCUUUCCAGUUCUGCAGGGACCACUUACUGUUUGGAGAUUUUCUGCUCUGGGUCUCUUGUGACUUGUGCAACUUCCUGUGCAAACAAGAGGCGUUUUGGCAUUUUUAGUUUUGAAUUAUUAUUACAAUCACACUUGGCAGCUAACUGCUGAAAACGACCAGGGGCCGCUCAUAUUGAAUGGUCAUUCCCUUAAUGCUCUUAAAGAGACUGUAGGGACAUUUUAUACGUUAUGUACAAAUUGUGUUUUUGUUUGUAUGUUCUUUUUUUUUAAUGUAUAUUUUCCAAGAUGAAAGCAAAUGUUUAGAGCAACUGUUUAUGAAAAUAACAAAAGCAAUAACUUUUCACAGAAGUGCUUUGAAAGUCUGAAAUAAAAUAGAUUAUUUGGA